AUGUUCGUCAAUAACGACGCCAAUCAGCGUCUGUGCGAGUCUCUCGUUUCCACUUCGUACGUUCGCCAAGCUGACGAAGCGUCGAAGCGACAGACAAAAUUGUUCUCUCAACUUGUAUCGAACAGAAAGUUACCGACGGACGGAUGGAACGAACAAGUGAUCGAAAGUUUCUUACUAGAGCUUUCGCAAUUGGAUUCGAAUAAUUUCUUAGAUAACUGCGGGGUUGGGGAGCGCGAAGGACGCGUGUAUUCUAAAUUGGUUCAAAGGCGUAAUUUUGGUUUGCACCACGGAAUUGGACGGAGUGGCGACGUUUCCGCGGAUCAACCGAAAGCAAUAGGGAGCAGCAUCAUAGCAAAGCUGGCGAAUAUUUUAGUCGCGGAUGCGAUGAAGAUAUCAGGUUUGCAAAGUAUAGAUAGUACCACGACGUUGCUCUUACCGUUAUGCACGGGCAUGUCGUUGUGCUCUGUGUUCAACGCUUUACGAGCGCACCAACGAGAAGAACAAAAUGCAAAAGAAGACGAACGACAAAACACGAUAGUUUGGACGCGAUUAGACCAGAAGACGUGCAUAAAAAGCAUACUAGCGAGCGGUUACGAUGUUUGCGUGGUUGAUCCAAUAUUAGAAAAGGACGAGUUGGUAACAAACUUACAGGCGCUCGAGAAAGAACUCUCCGCCGAAGAGAACGAAAAUACUAAAAAAAUCGCGUGCGUGGUCUCGUCGACGUCGUGCUUCGCGCCUCGAGCAUCCGACGACGUCGAAGCGAUCGCAAAGUUGUGUCAAAAAUAUAACGUAGCGCAUGUGAUAAAUAACGCUUACGGCGUUCAGAGCAGAAAGUUGUGCGUUAAAAUUGAAGCAGCCAUGCGAAAGGGAAGAGUUGACUGUGUCGUUCAGUCGUUAGAUAAAAAUUUUCUCGUGCCGGUUGGAGGUGCAAUCGUUUGCGCUUCAAAAGGAAACGGUUACUUGGUCGAUAAAGUUCGUAAACUAUACCCAGGUCGUGCAUCGAUAUCUUCAACGUUAGACGUGCUCAUCACUCUCCUCGAAAUGGGUAAAACUGGUUACGAACGUUUACUCGACGAACGCGAAACGAACUACGAGAAAUUGAAGAUGGCAUUAGAACGAACGGCUUCGAAAUACGGCGAGAGGGUGUUAGAAACGCCAAAUAAUCCGAUUUCUUUAGGCGUGACGUUGACGUCUUCGAGAAAUGAUCUGGUUACAAAAUUUGGUUCCAUGUUAUUCACAAGACGAGUCUCUGGCGCCCGCACGGUUCCCAUGCAAGAGACGAAGAAAAUCGGCGACGUAGAGUUGAGAGGAUUUGGAGCUUCUUUCUCGACAUACCCGACAGCGUAUUUCACGGCCGCAGCCGCGAUAGGCAUGCGCGAGAAGGAAAUAGAGAGCUUUGAAUUGCAAUUAGAGAAGACGUUCAAAGAUUUUGUAAAGUUAACGUAG